AAAAGUGUUUUCAGGAAGAAAAAGAACAAAGUGAAAAUUCAAAUUUCAAACAAAUGAAGUGACAGUUAGGAUUGUUUGUUUAUUAACCUCAAUUAUAUUAAUCAAAUUUCCUAAAAUUUCCUAAAAGUGUUAUGAAAAUCUAUAAUUUAUUGUUCGGUUGCUGAAAGCAAUCCUUUUCAUGUUAUUGACAUAAGAAUAUAGUAACUGAAACUUCUGAAAAAAAACUACUGCAAUGACUGAACUAAUCAUUCCUCCUAGCCUUAUUGAUAAACUAGGACAUAAUAUAUCAGAAAUUCGAGAAAGAGCAUUAAUUUCUCUUUUGUCCAAAAUUGACAACGGAUACAGAUUUGAGAAUAACUUGGCUCAAAGCAAGAACAUGCUUACGAAGCUCUUCGAGUGGUUCCUUUUUGAUCCUUGUCCACAUGAGGAGAUGGUUCUGGCACUCAUUAAGAGAAUACUACUUACAGAUAGUGGUUCUAUUCUGAUCAACCACUAUGGUCCAAAUACUAUCAAAAAAGAAUUGAAACAAGUAAAAGACUGUGUGGAGCCCCAUUAUCAAUCAUUAGUACAGGACUUGUUUGACAUUGUUGAUGCGUUUAAGGAGCAAGAAGUAGUACCACCACUUGUUAGUGAUGUUCCUUUAAGUUAUAGAUCAGGCCAAAGUUCUAGAACAAAGUCUGCUAACGAUAGGACAGCUACUAGUUUUGGAGGUUAUAUUAGUAAGGGUCCUUCUGUGGAAAUGGAGGGUGGGAAUCCAAAAGAAACAUUCACUGUAGAAAGAAAUUCGAAGUCAUCUCCCCCUAUACACCCAAAUGUAGAUGAUCUUCUACCUAAUUAUGUAUUUCGGUGGCAGCCUUUGAUAGAAGCAGAUAGACAGGUACUCAAUACAUUAGAAAACUCCUUACGAAAUCCACCACAACCAUCGGAACUGUUACACUCCUGUGAGUUUUUCACCGACGUUCUUUUGCAUGACUUCCCUGCUGAAGUGUUCCUGCAAAGACCUACAAUAGUUCUCUUAUUACAAGAUAUUUUACUUUGUACAUUGUCAACUAGAGUAAGUGCUUCAGUUUUGAAUUGCCUCACUCAUUUAACGAAAGCUCUCGUACAAAGGAUAGGACAUUGUAAUGAUCCUUGCUUACGUUGUUUGAAAGAAUAUAAACCAUCAUCUGUCAUAUGCUCACCAUCAAAUUCCCAAACUCAAUCUUCUAUCGGAGAAAUUGAAUUCAAGGAGGAUUAUAAAUCCUUGAAAGAGUGUGAAAUUUCAACUACGAAAUACUGUCUGACAACUUUGAAGUGUAUUUUGGACUAUUUAAUAAUAAAACCUGAGAGUUUAAGAGAUACAGCUAAAAAAAAGUAUACCAAUUUGUACAAGGGGAUGAUUCUUAUCGAGCAUUUGUUGUAUUUGCUAAAAAGAUGUUUCUGUUGUGAAAUAUUCAACGUUCAACCAAUUGGGACAUCUUAUGAAAUAUUAAAAGAGUUGAAUCAAUGUUUGAUAUGUUUUGGGGAUCUUAUGGAGAAUUAUAGAAUUGAAGUGAAUACGAAUGAAAUAAACGCUAAAUUAAGAGCGAUUCAGAUAUGUAUAUUACAUCAUUGCAUGUAUUUCUUGGAAAAUUUCAUUCCAUCUGAAAGAAGCAUCCAUCUUCUCCCCAAAUGCUUGAAGAAUUCACUCACAAUGAGUUUAUUGGACAUUCCGAUUGCUAAAUUAUACCCCAAACUUCACCAAGAUAUACUGAAUUAUGUCCAGACAUUUUCCAAAUCUAAAGAAUCGGAAAACUUGGAAAAAUUUCAUAUUGUGAACGAUGUGUGUGAAAGUAUGUCCGCCUCUGUUGAACUGAUGCGAAAUCAUGAUGUCUACUGCUUUUCAAAACUCAUCGGUUUAGCGAAAAACGGGAUUCUUUCCCUGCAAUUUCACGAAAACCUAGCCUUUGUGAGAAUUGCUGUUGAAACAUGCGCAACUAAAUUCAACUUGCAUACUAAUGAAGAGGAUGCUCUCAUCAUGGAAGAUGUCUUGCUAAGUCUUCUUUCGCAUCAUAUCGAGGAAGUCGUAGAGUACACCUACGAACUAUGCUACAAAAAGGUAAUAACUGCCAUUGGACCCAUGUUGAAUUUCAACGGUUAUGGAGUAUCAAGCAAUCAAGUAGUGUUUCUGCUGAGACCAAAAAUUCUGACUGAAAUUGCACAAUUUGGACUUUCAAAUAAAAACAAGCAAGUGCAGAAGUAUGCAGAAGAUAUUGUUAUACAUUUUUUAAAAUGCAAAAUUCUGGUGACGGAUGAUAUAUGGGAUAAAGUGAGGGCAGGAAUCAUUCCUUCGUUUCCAGUUCUUCUAGUUUACGCUUCCAAGAUUAAUCCAUUGGGGAGGACUCUGGUUAACGUAGUGGAUCCCGAUAUUGCCAAAGAUCUGAGGUUGCCAAUAAUUGAAGUGAUCAAAUCCAACAUCCUACUGAUGUAUUCUCCGGAGGACCUGGUGCGUGAUGAGGCCUUCUCCCGGUUGUGUUGGCUGCUAGCUCAACAGGAAAAUUCGAAAGAGCUUCUCCCUAGACUGAACAACGUAAAUGACAAAAUACUGAGCAAUAUAUGUCAGAUAUCCCCAGCGGUGUUCGAUGUGAACAAAUCGAAGAGUAGCGAGCGAUUUUACCAGCCAAGUAGCUUGCAUAACGUAUUGGAACUAUUAAAUUCAACAAAUGUUGAACCAGGAAUCCGUAGAUCGGCUCUAACACAAAUCAGUGUUAUGAUGGAAGAUUAUUUAUUGCACGAUAUAUUCAUUGAAAAAGGUGGGGUAGAGACAAUUAUGAAAAUCAUGAACAACGCAUUGAUUGAAGAAGAUUACACCAACUACGCAGAUUCUGUCAUACCCUCCGUCUCCAUUUUGAAAAGUAUUUGCCUUUAUGACAGUAAGGUUAGGUAUGAGCUUAGUCAUAACCUCAAUUUAUUCUAUUUCAUCCUACGAGGUAUGUUCUUGUUUUGUACUGAAGAAAGGAUGAGGAUAGACUCGAGUGUUUUGCUGUUCUUACUUUUAUACAGUAGUUUUCUCAGGGGAAGUCCAUCUAGAUCAAAUAUGGCGAUUCCUAAAGUGGUCCACGAUAAGUUAGCGACUCCCAUACGAUGCGAAAUUUAUGGAAAAACCAGUGAUUACACCGAUUGUGAUAUAACCGAAUUAAUCCUCUCCGAUAAAACCUGCUUGACUUCCAUACAAAUACAUUGGAAUUCAGAAGUAUACGGUGGUUUUCAGAAGUUAACCGAGCUUCAAAAUUUCACUGAACCGCAGGAUAUAAAGAUUACUGACCAACUCAAGAUGCAAACUAAGGAUCUUGUGCAGAUCAAAGUGUCGUGUAUUGAGUUUUCAAUCGGCGAAUGUUUGAAAGAAAUGGAAAGAGGUGAAUGCUAUGCGAAUUAUCAAGAAAUUCUGAGCGCUCUUAUCAUCUACGUGUAUCUGUAUCGUUUGUGGAAAAAAAAUGACGAAGGGUUCAUUUUGAAAUACCCAUGGGAAGAACAGUUUGGUAAAUUUUUGAGAAUUCUACCAUCCAGCGAAGACGACGUUGUUCUGUUACAAUCUGUGAUUAACUUUUUGAGGGAACUAGUUCCGUUUUAUAAGUCCACAGGGAAAAGUUCUUGGAUUUCAUCUAUAAUCAAGGAUCCAACACAAUAUUUAACAGAUAUGAUCGAUAUAGAUCAUAACUCUGAUGAACAUGCAAAGAUUCUCAGUAGGUCUCUUGUGGGAUUAGUAACGGAUUGCGCUUGUCAAGAACAACAUUUUAUAGAUUUCUACAUUGAAUCUGAUCCGGAAUCGACACCCAGUGACGAUUGGUCAGCAGUGAUAGAAAUGGUGACAGAUAACCUCAAACUUCAAGAUCCACAACAGUUGUACAACCUGGGUCACUUGGAUUCGCUGCUCUCAUGCCUGGUUCAUCUAUCGGCGAUGCUUGGAUGGAGUAAGGCAAGGAGAAAAAGUUGCUCCAAGGAAACUAUGAAAGACAUCAUAUCAGGCCUUUGCGACUUAGUCGACGCCUUUCACUAUGGUAAAGGACCUUCUGCUGCUGUAUCCUUGAUGGGACUGAGUAUCACCAGAAACGUUAUGCUGAUUCUAAACCAUAUUUUAGCAGAAAUUCAUCAUUCCGAAACGAAAAAUUGGGAUCUACUUUUCGUCGAAGAUGUUAAUCAACAAAAUAAAAUAUUCAACUUUAUCAUCCUGUGGGAAACAAGGGACGUUAUCCUCCGAGCGGCAGUUCUUCAAUUUUUCGCAGGUUUAUUUCAAUCUGCACGACUGGCUAGAGAUAUUGUGACAGAUUUGAGAAAGAAACAUAAGUGUUUAUGGUCAAUGACUCUGGACAUACUGCUGGAUAAUGAAGAGGCUGCUUUAGUGAGGGAAAAUGCUGCUCUAAUCAUGGCUAAUUUAUGCACACAUAGAAGAAUAGCAACUAAUGGCCUGCCCAGUUUACACAGCGAAUUAGUCGCGCUGGAAUAUAACAAGGAAUCUCAUACAAAUCCCGUCGAUAGUGUGUUAGAAGUACUCGAAAAGAAUGGAGCUGUCAAGCAACUAAAGACAAUAAUUUUGUGCCUAUACACAAAUAAUAUAUCAGACGUGAAAAUGCAAGAAAUACCCUCGAAAUCAUCGGGAUACCUCUACACAUACAGAAGUGGUUCCGAUAUUUCUGAGAAAACUUGGUCUUGCAACAGUGGAAGUACAAAUGAACAAUUGAAUCUAGUGACCCCUAGUCUGAUGAAGACGACGAUUGUUUUCUUACACAAUCUGAUUGAAAUGACCGGUCAACCGUAUGUUGACUACAUCAAUGACGGUGGAUUGAUUAAAUUGAUUUUUAGAUCAAUUUGCGUACCGUCCAUAGAAAUAAAGAAUACUCGAGAACUCUCUUUGUACAUUGAAAUAUUAGAGAUGAAUUCCGAAAUAUGUUUUUUUCUGAACAGAGCCGUGAGGUUUAGUCCUGGAUGUUUAGGUACUAUUUUGCACACGAAAGACUGCUUCAACGUAUUCAUAUCGUUACUUAAUCCGAAGAUGUACCACACCCAUCUACCACAACUCGUUUAUCUUCGCAAUAAAGUAUGGACAGAAAUGUUUAACCUUGUCGGAACUCUCCUCGAGUGUGGUUGCCAGGUGGAAGAUCCAAAACGAGCAUUUGAAAUCUUGGCUAUAGUUCUAGAAGCCGUUUACAACUGCGGUCCGAUGAAUUUAGUCGCAACCGUAUGCGAAGCUAUAGAAUCGUUUGGAGCUACCGACUUACAGAUUUCCGUGUUAUCGGCUUUGACACUUAUGCUACAAGUUGAGUGUUCAUACACAUUGAUCAAGAAUCAUGGAGGCAAUUCGACGAUGAAACAUUCGAUGAAGGAUUUGCUGGACACGGUAAAAUCGCCGAGCAUUGGACAAGUAGAUGAGAAUAUUGAGAUAAAAGACCCGCAAGUCACUAAAUCCCAGCAGGCUACCAAAUAUAAAAUGAAUCUUUUGGAAAAACUCUAUUUCGGGGAAAACGAUGAAAAACCAAUACUUAAACCAAUAGAUUCCACCGAAACAAAGUCAUCCACCACCAAGAAGAAGUGCCCGGUAUCUGGCGUCCAUAUUUGUAAACUCUUGUUGCAUUUGUAUGACAUUUACGAUUUGAAGUCGAGCAAGGAGAGCAACCAGAAACAGAUCAUUUUGGCAGCAACGUCCAGUAUAUUGUGCGUUUCUACUGAAGCUAAAUAUUACGCGUUAGAUACAGGGUUUCUCCAGAAAAUUAUAGAGAGUUUGAAGGAGCUGAGCAUCAAACUCAGUCUUGAAUCGAUCGACUGCUUCAGAAGGGUAAGUGAUAAGAAGAGGAUAUCUCCAAUGCUGAAAGAUCUUGAUUGUGUUACUGGACUGCUGACGAAUUUUCUGAUGGAAAAUGUUUCCGUGAAGUGUGAAGCGGCUGCUUUAGGUUUAACUGACAUAAUACAUAAAGUGUGGAAUUGGUUUGCGAUACAAAAAUCGGCAUUGGUUAAUGUGUUGAAAAUGCUGUCAACCUUCACGACGAAUUGUCCGUUCGCCUGUCAGACACUUCCAUACACUAGUUCAGUAGCUGGUACAGGGCCGAGGAAGAACACUAGUAGUGUUUCUCUACUACACGUUAUAGUGUCGGUGGUUUUGGGAGAAAUGGACAUGUUGAGUAAAACUCACGAAAUACUACCUCUACGUUUAUGUUUUAACAUACUUCAGAACUGCUGCCCUGUAUUGGAGUGCAGGAUAUGCAUAACAAAAACUUCCCUGGUACAAGGUUUGUCGAAGUUGCAUCCAUCUGUUUCAAAACAACAGAAACCUUGGGAGACAGUUGAACUAAUUUGGUUAGAAUUCCUACAAAUAUUCACGGUGUAUCCCGAAGGACAAAUGUACAUAGGAAAACUGCCAGAUGUUUUAGAUUUAGUCAUAAGUUUGACGCAAGGUAAUAGGCCGCAAAACAGAAUGAUUGCACUCAGGGUUCUACAAAAUAUAGCAUUUUAUACGCCUAACAGAGCAAGACUUUUAACGACGCCCAAUUUUAUAAAUACACUAGUCACCAAAUUGGAAAAUGGAACUACUGCAGAAAAAGUAAUUGUAGUUAAUACAAUGUGGGCACUUGCAGCAAAUAAUAUGAAAGCAAAGACUGUGUUCAAAUCGUGUAGAUUGGAUGCGAAGCUUGCCGAAGCACUAAAGAAGGUUCAGUUGUUGAAUGACGAUUCUUUAAGUAAGGAUGAAAUUGAGAGGAUGCAGUAUGUAUUGGAUAUACUGAAAGAUUCAGAUCGAUGUAAAUAGUACAUAUGUAUAUUUUUAUAGAUAUCAUUGUUUUAUUGUAAUUUAUAUUUCUAUACUUAAUAAAGUGUUUAAAUUUU